AUGUCGCACCCUAGCGAUGGCCUAACACCAUUGACAGAGCCAGAUACGACCAUCGUUCCAGCUAUAAGAGCAAGCAUCAACCUCCUCGACCUACCGGCAGAGAUCCUCGAACGCAUUUUCGAGUACACCUUCACCAUAGACGAUAUCUACAGCCUUUACGACCUGGUCGAUUAUAGAGUAGUCUUGCCCUGGCAGCAGGUCGGACAUCCCAGACUCACGAUCUCAGGGGCAUGGUACGCUGCAGCCCUACGUCCAUUCCUCCGCACGGCGACUCUGAGCUGCGGCGGUUGUCCAUCACGACUAAACAUGCCCGGUGCUCAAAUGUCAGCAUUCUUGUACUCUGUCGAAAUUGCGAGAAUGGAAAGCUUCAAGAGAUUGUGGAUCACAUCGAUAUCGUGUCCGUUGCCAGUCGAGGGAGGUGUUCGGACUGCCUGGGAGACGUACUUGCAGAGCGUGCUGCCGAAGUUGCCGAACUUACGGUCCCUGCGAUUGACGGGCGUCACUACGAAGAACACAUCGGGCCUGCGACCCACAAGAGGCACGUCUCAUAUCUGUACGAGCUUCUUGGAAAAGGCAACAUGGAUCAACGCGGUUGUCGCUCGUCCACGACUGCAACGAUUCCUGGCGACAAGCGCGACAGAAGACAUUGCUGUGAUGAAGGAAGCCCUCAAACUUGCCGCCUACGUCCAGAUUCGGAUGAUGGCUCGUAACGACCCAAGAGGUGUGGCGCGAUGGACUGGCGGGAGAGAUGGGAUCGGACAAUUCUGCAAUGACCUUCGGAUCGUCCAGGAUGAGCUACAGCCUCACGCGAUGACCCUCCGGACAGUGUUUUCGGUGCUGCCAAAGAUCUUGCAGCUCCGCGGCUAUUGGCAAGAAGCAGAGGAUUACAAGACUUGGAUGAAGUCGUUGAAAGCAACGAUGUUGACCAUCGGAAAGUCUCCCCCAAGUAGAGAUCAGGAGAUCGCACCGGUCGCGGUGGCGGCAUGA